AUGAGUCUGAUAACCAAAUUAACUUUUAGAAACAGGUUACUACAUUCGAGUCACACAGUAAAAAAACGAGGUUAUAAAGUUUUAGCUAUUGAGACAUCCUGUGAUGAUACAUGUGUUUCAAUCAUAGAUAGAUUUUCAAAAGAUGAACCACCGAAUUUAUUAGUCAAUCUAAAGGAUACUCUGAACAGUGCAGAAACUGGAGGUAUAAUUCCUACAAAAGCACAUUUACACCAUCAACUGAAAAUCGGACCUUUAACCAAAAAAGCAUUAGAUAUAUCUAAUAACCCAAAGAUUGACUUAAUUUGUGUCACACGAGGUCCCGGUAUGCCUGGUUCUCUUUCAGGUGGAUUGGAUUUUGCUAAAGGUUUAAGCGUUGCAUGGAAUGUGCCCUACGUUGGAGUCCAUCAUAUGCUUGGGCAUUUAUUAAUGCCUAGGAUGAAGAACAAUGGAAAUUUAGUAAAAUUUCCAUUACUAAGUUUAUUGGCAAGUGGUGGUCAUACCACACUGGUGUAUUCAUCUAGUGUUACAGAACAUGAAAUAUUAUGUGACUCAUUGGAUAUUGCAGUUGGCGAUUCAUUAGAUAAAUGUGGAAGAGAAAUAGGAAUCCAAGGAAAUAUGAUAGCCAAAGAAAUGGAAUCAUUCAUAAAUAGUAGUGUGAACGAAAUAGAUGAAUCAAUACUAACUGAAAAUCAAAAAGUUACAUUACCAAAUCCAUUGAAAAAUAAACCAAAACGAAUGGAUACCCAAGCUUUUUCAUUUGCACCAUUUUUAACAGCAGUCAGAAACCAUCUAAUUAAAUAUCCACUUGUAAACUAUAGCGAAGAAGAUAGACGAGUCUUGGCAUUUCAAAUUCAAGAAGCAAAUUUCGUUCAUAUAAUAACAAGAGUUAAAACUGUAAUACAACUAAAUGAAAAUAAAUUGAAGAAUGUCGAAUCAUUUGUAUGUUCUGGCGGAGUUAGUGCUAAUAAGAGACUAAGGCACUUACUUGAAGUUGAAUUUACAGACAAUUUCAAACAGUUCCAUUACCCAGAUUUAGAUUUAUGCUCAGAUAAUGCUGCCAUGAUAGGAUGGGCAGGUAUUGAACUAUUUGAAUCUGCAGCUCUAACUACCGAUCUAGAGGUGACACCUAUUCGAAAAUGGCCAUUAUCAGAGUUACUACUACCAUCAGGUUGGAAACGAUAA